CACCCCCAUGAAAGUGAAGCAAAUCACAACCCAAGCGAAAGCAAUACAAGUCCGAAUCCCUGUGAAAGUAAAGCAAUUCUGAACCCCCAUGAAAGCAAAGCAAGUCUGAACCCCCAUGAAAGCAAAGCAAGUCUGAACCCUUAUGAAAGCGAAGCAAGUUUGAACCUCCAUGAAAGCGAAGCAAGUCUAAACUCUUGUGAAAGUGAAGCAAGUCUAAACCCCUAUGAAAGCGAAACAAGUCUGAACCUCUGUGAAAGCAAAGCAAAUUCGAAUGCCUGUGAAAGUAAUGCAAAUCUGAAUUCCUGUGAAAGUGAAGAAAAUCUGAAUCCCUGUGAAAGUGAAGCAAAUUUAAAUUUCUGUGAAAGUGAAGCAAAUAAGAACCCUCCUGAAAGCAAAAGUAGUUAUCCUAAUAAAAAUGAA